AUGGGUAUUAAGCUGUUUAGGAAGGCCAAAACCAUCGAGAAGCCAAAGGCAGUGUAUCCUGCGGUGAAGGAUUUUUUAAGGUUGCCGGUGAUCUACUACAACACCGUAGGCCUGGAACCCUACGAGUCCUCGAAUACCGAAAAGAAAAGGGGCAUCCUGUUCCACAUGUAUUUCGCGCUACAGAUAUUCAACUUGACCUUUGUUCUUGCUAUGGAGAUACUUUUUGUGGUAGUUUCGUUCCGAAACAACGAGAAUUUCCUGGACUCCUGCAUGGUUAUGAGUUAUAUUGGUUUUGUUAUCGUUGGCGGCUUGAAGUUCAUUUCGGUGCUAUUCCGCAAAACGAAGAUGUCUAAUCUGGUGAGACAGCUUGAGACCUUCUUCCCGGAGCCAAAGGAUCAUGAGGAGUAUGCGGUGGGGUACUAUUUAAAGCACUGCCAUCGCUACACCAAGGGCUUUGGUGGACUCUAUACGACCCUGGUGGUGACCUACAAUCUAUUUGCCCUCACCCAGUACACCCUUCUCUAUCUGCUGCACUCGCCGAAUGCCAAGCAAACCCUGCCCUACGUGGACAUGGCCCUUUGGGACUACGAGGUCAACUGGAGAUUUUACCUGACUUACCUUUCCCAGUCGAUGGCGGGUUAUAUGGCCACGUGCGGCCAUAUUUCCGGUGAUCUCAUGAUCUUCGCGGUGGCCAUGCAGGUCAUUAUGCACUUCAACAGGCUGGCUCGCGCUCUCAAGAAAUUUCAGGUGAAAGCCAGUUCGGAAUCCAAUGAGGGAGCUGAUAAGGACCUCAAGGAACUGCAGUCUCUGAUUUCUUAUCACAACGAAGUACUUGGGCUAACCGAUGUGAUGAACGAGGUCUUUGGUAUUCCGCUUCUACUGAAUUUCGCGGCAUCCUCGAUGCUCGUUUGCUUCGUGGGAUUCCAGAUGACCGUCGGCAUCAGUCCCGAGCAGAUUGCCAAGCUGAUGUUGAUCUUUUUUUCGGCCAUGGUGGAGAUAUAUCUGAUCUGCUCAUUUAGUCAAAUGCUAAUCGAUGCGAGUGAAAGUGUUUCGUUUGCUGUCUACGACAUGAAUUGGAUGCAAGCAGAUUCGCGUUUUCGAAAAAUGCUUAUUUUUCUUGCCUUGAGGGCCCAAAGACCGGUAUGCCUAAAGGCAACAGUUUUCCUAGACGUUUCUAUCCAAACCAUGAGUUCUUUUUUGCAAACGUCUUAUAAAUUCUUUUGCGCCAUUCGAACGAUGUAUCAGUAA